ACAGUCUCCAGGGUAAAGUCCAACCGACUUUUCCGUCCGACUGUCAUGGCCGUGUAUGCGCGAAACCCGGCCGUAAACCCGGCCGUGAGGUCCAUUAGCGCUGUUUCCCCCGACCGCCGGGUGGACCCAGUGCCAUGGACCAAGCAGCCAGUGCUUACACCGAGUUACAAGGGACCAGUUGUCCAAGACCCCAUGGAGUUUAUGAAGCCAAGCCAUCCUCACAAUCCUCAUGCCAGGGCACACAGCCCACCACCUCGAGUUACCUAUGCUUUGUGUGCAGAUCCACGUCAAGGAGCUUUGUCUCCCAUUCCGCAGAGGAACAGCCAUGUGCCAACGCCAAUGAAUGCGCAUCAUAUGCAGAAUGUGGAGAAGCCCAAUCCUCAGAUUCCUCAAGUGCCUUACCAGGUGGCUUUUGAUGAGGCCAUGACUGCGCGCCCCGGAAUGGGCCGACGCUUGGAAUGGCAUGGUUUGGAUGCUGUCUCCCCCAUGCACGGUGCUGGCAUUGCCAAUGAGGCUGGCCCCAUGCCCUAUGCAUCACCCAUGCCGAAAUACCGAGAACGGCGGGAGAGUGCCAAGCCACAGACGCAAGUCCCAGUGGAAGACACGAUCAUCCAUCCACAAAGUCCACAGAUGGUGAAACGUGGCAACUCUGACAGUUCCCUUCCUGAGAAGCCCAGCUCGGAUUUGCAGAAGCAGAUCGUGGAAGAAGUCAACCGAGUGUUGGAGAAUCGCUUAGCUGCAAAGGAAGAGACGGAGGCACUGAAGAAGGAGCUGGACAAGGCCAUGAACGAUCGAGAGAUCGAGGCUCAACAGGUGCAGCACUUGACGGAACGUCUCAUCGAAAUGGAGCAGCGCCUUGAGCGGGAGGCAGAUGCUCGCCGCAAGAUCCAGGCCAAAUUGGACCAGGGCGUGCUGAUGGAAAGCGAACUUCACCAGAAGGACAUGAAAAUUUCUGAACUUGAGCGCAAAUUGAAAGCAAAGUCAGACGAAGCCAGGAAUUUAAAGGUGCGACAGGAGCGCAUGGAAAAGCAAAUGGACGACACCCGUGCGACACGGGAGAAGACACAGCGGGACUGCCAACGUGAGGUCCAGGAGAGGUUGCAGGAGAAACGUGAUGUGGAGGAGAAGCUCUUCACAGCCCAGACCAGGUCAAAAAGUUUGGAACAACGUUGCCAGGAACUGGAGGAGACCCUGAAGCAAGAGCGGAACAAUGAACAGCUGCUGCGCAUGGAGAAGGAUUUGGAACAGCGAGAGUCUCUGUUGAAAGGACGGCAGCAAGAGCUUCAGGCCAGACUCUUGGAGGCGGAUCGCAACCGUGAAGAGCUUCAACGCGUCCGCGAUGAGAUGCAGAUGCAGAAGCAGCAGCUGCAGAUUGAGGUGGCCGAGUUUCAACAGCAACAAGAUGCCUUGAAAACCCACGCGAAGGAGUGUGACCAGAAGUAUCGCAACUGGGAAAGUCAACGGCAGGAAGUUGAACAGCAAAAUGAACGCACAGCACAGGAGCUCAACAUCAUGGUUCAACAGAGCCAGGAGAAGGUCAUGGAAGAGGUCAAGAAGCGUGCCAGUCUUGAGAAAGAUAUGCGUGAGAGUCUUGAGGAAAAAACUCGGCUUCAGAUCGAGCUUCAGAAACAGAAGGAUGAACUUGCGACCCUGCAAAGCCAGCUUGGCAACUUGGAGGGUUUUGCAACACCUGCAGAGAUGAAAGAAGAGAUGUGCAGCUUCGAAAUGGAAAUCGGCCAGCAGAACGCUGAGUUGAUGCAUGGCAUCAACUGCUUGAGCCAAGAGUUGAAAUGGCUUGCGUCAUGCAAUGGCGUCUUGCGUGAGCACAUCCCAUCAGACUUGGAGCCGAAGGUGAAAGCUGCAUUGGAGAACAUGUCCUCCUGCGAAUGGCAACCCCCUUCCGACAUGGCCCAAUGGUUGCGUGAACGCCUUAAUUCGCUUGCACAUGCGUCUUCCCUUGGAGGCGCUUGAGAUUGUCAGCGGCAGUUUUUUGAAUGUGACAAUGAACAAUUGCUUGCAGCGUGAAUUGGACCAACGUCUGAGUAUCAAGCAAAA